AGUCUCCUCGGGAGAACGCUCGUCCCCGCACCCGUCACGACUCUUGGGUGGCAUUCCCCUCCCUCCCCCCUCACUAGUAGGAGCACGAAAUACCCAAGCGUGCCUAGAGUCGUCCGCGUUUCUCCUCGUCAUCGUUGUCGCGUGGGUUGUCCACUAGUGAUUUGUUCUGUUGCGUGUCGUUCGUUCCGGGCCGCACCCAAAGGACGUGAUGGGGUUUGAGCUCACGCAAGUCCUAUCGGACGACAAGCACUACAGUGUGUUUGUGUGCGGGUUCUGUCAGAAUUUGGUCGACCUCGAUGCGGUCGUGACCGCUCCGUGUUCCCACGCGUCGUGCCGGCAGUGCUGGCACGUGUGGGUGGAACAACACUGUCGGCAACACCGGCCGGCGGAAUGUCUCUGUCCCACGUGCCGCGUCAACGUGACGCUGCCCGACCCAGUGACACCAGGGACGACGGCGCUCCGGAUACACGGGGUCAACCUGGCUCUGCAACCACUCGCACAAACGCAGCCUUUGGCGUUUCGAACACUCCAACAAGUGCAAGUCGCGUGUUUGCACGGCAACCGUUGCGAUUGGAGUGGAGACUACGGGGACGUGUCGGCACACGCGGAAGGUCACGCGGCGGAGGAAACAAGAUCGGCCGACACGACGGUCGCACACACACCCGGACGGCCUUCGUUGAGGGACUCGCAGAGUCAUUCCAUGUCCGCCUUGUUCUGUCGCCAAAAGGUACAGGAGAGGAGGAACACAAAUCCACGACCGGUGGUGGCUCGGACGCACGCGCCGGCUACGCCGCAGCGCAAGAGCCGGAGCUUGCGCGGACUGCUCGCGGGGGAACAGCUAGUAGACCCCACCGCGUGGAUGGGUUCGACGGAAUCCGCGACCAACGCCUCCGCGGAAGACAGUAUGCGGAUGGUACCAAAUGGGCACAAUGAGCUUCGAUCACCAUCGCCGGUGGACACGGAUGUAUCCAAUACUCCCGACGAUCCGGUUACUCCCGGAAAGGCAUCGAGCUGUGGUGACCACGGAAUGGGUGAAAGGUGGGCCACCAACGAGGCCGACCAUGGUCUCCUCAAUACUCCACCGCGAGAAGAUGUGGCGGAUCGGGUACCCGCCUCGCCUCAACCAGAAUCUCCCCGCUGGACCACCAACGGAAUCAACGACUCCAUUUCGACGAAUCCUUCGCCGGCCAAAGCACCCAUUACUCCCAAACGAGACGAAGCGCCGAAUCUCGUGAAACGCACCAAGUCCGAGGAGAAGACCGAUUUCAAGCGGAAAUUGAAUCGAAGGCAAUCUCACGACGAACAAAACGACGACCUGGAAGUUUCUUACAGUCAAUCGACGGACUGGAAUAUGUCCAUCAACAGCCUUGGUGCCAACGUUUCUGCUCUGACCAACGAUUCUGUAUCGCCAAUGGAAACCGUGAACGAAAUCGACGAAAUCGACUUCAAGCAGCUUUUGGACUCUGCAGGGGUGGCGGACGGGGCCCUUUUUUCUCCAGAGCGGGUAAAGAAAAUGAUCGACAAGGCAGAGAAACUGAAGAAACAAGCCAACGCCAAAUUCAACAAGGGAGAUUUAGUCAAUUCUCGUGAGCUGUAUACGGACGGAAUAAAAAUCAUGCGAAAGAUUCCCAUGGAGUCGGAACAACACAAAGAACUAGUUUCACAGAUGUACUCCAAUCGAGCAGUUACUUACUUUCGAGAAAAGCGUUUCGACAGUUGUGCGUUGGACUGUGACAAAGCGAUCGAACUACUGCCAACCUACGAGAAGUCAUGGAUUCGAAAGUGGAGGGCACUAAUGGCUCUAGGUGACUUUGAAGCGGCCUACAAUUGUCUAGAAACAGGGUCGAGAGUUGUCCCGGACUCUCGUCGUAUUCAAGCAGAACUGACCAAGACUCAAGGCGAAAAGGAAUUGCUCUUCGAGGCAAAACAGGCACUCGAUAUUGGGGACUUUCAGAGGAGUAAAGACAUUUUGAAGCCGCACGCAAGGACGUCAGACAACAUAGGACUCUUGUUUCUCGCGGCCAAAGCCGAUGUAGGCCUUGGCAACGUGGAGUCUGCCUUGGAAAAGAUCAACAAGGCACUGAGGUUCAACCCUACUCAUUCGGAUGGACUGGAAUUGCGAGGGCACACUCUGUUUCUUUCGGGAGAUACUGAAAAAGGCGUCCACAUUUUGCAAGAAACAUUUAACCGAGACAAACAGAAUGGCAAUCUGGAGACUGAAUUAAAUCGAUGCCAGAAUACCCAUGUCGCCAUUACCAAAGGCCGCGCUUCUGUAAAGCGUGGCCGCUAUGCCGAGGCUGCCGAUUUUUUUUCCGCUGCUAUUAAGGAAACUGGACUGAUACCAACUCGUUGUCCAUUGUUCGAGAUGCUUCGAACAGAAAGAGCAGAAGCGUGGCUUUUGUCAAAAAAGUACCUCGAAGCACUCAAAGACUGCCAAGAAGUUAUUUUGAUUCAACGAGAAAACGCUACUGCAUGGACCGUUCGUGCGGAAGUUCUAGCUGCGUUAGGGAAGCCAGAGGAAGCUAGACGGGAGUUGUUAAAAAUCAAACGGACCUGGGGAGCAGAGAACCCGACGAUUGAGGAAGGCUACAGACGUGUAGACUUUGAGCUUCGUGUAACGACGGCAGAUAAGAACCUUACGGAGUUUAUACAUCAGCUUGAGAUGGGUAACACCAAUGUUAUGUCCAUCACAGCAAAUAUGGACUGCGAGUCAGAGAGCAAAGCUGAUCCUCGAGCACCAACGUCGAGAUCCGAUCAUCGAUCGGCGCGGAGUCGUAGCAAGGUUCGAAGCCAAAGUGACGGCCAUCGAAGUAGCAGUCGGGCACGAGGUGACAGUCACCAGAAAGAUCGCCGAGGCGAGAGACGAUUCAGCACGGGUCGAUCCUCCCCUUUCCACGACCGAAAGGCAAGGGAGAGGCGAAGAUCUGCUGGAUCGGGCGGUAAGGACGAUGAACGACAUCACAAUGGCCAGUCACGGGCGGCUGUGAAAAUUUGCGACAGUGCAAAGGUCUCUCCAGAGGGAAAGGUCGCCAAGAGUUCAAAAGAGAUACUGGAGCGCACUCAAAGGGAAUUGAACGAAGAACGGAAGAACAGAUCGCGAUCGCAAAGUAUCAAGUGAACAUGACGCAGCGGCUUAUCCUUUGCCCUGCCCAGACCGAUCCCGAAGUAUCAAGCGAAAAAAAUGUAACUAACUGACUUACGCUGUCGCUUGACGCGUCUCUACCACAAGGUUUAUUUCUAUACCAGAAGAUUCCUCCCAAUCCUUUUGCCUGUUUCGUAAGCAGGAACAGCGGUUUAUAAAUCCCGCUUGGUUGAGCUCACUGUCGGAAAGAAGCGUGCAGCUUAGUGUCUCCGCCAUGGGUUUCGGCAAUUAAUAGUAAGCAAGGUAGUUUCAAUGUC